CGGGAAAGCUCGGUUUCUGCUGUGGUGAGUUCGCUGAAGUUGCUGUAGGAGUAUCGAUAAUCAAUGGAGAAAAUAACAGAGAAACUUUUACUGGAGAGAGGCUCUCCCAAAACCAACAAACUGGAGCAAAUCAAGACGCUGAAUCUCUCUAAACUUGGACUGAAGCCUCAGGACUUGCCGGUCAAGCUGCUGUCCCGCCUCCAGUCCCUGGAGCGAUGGGAUCUCUCUGGGAACAGACUGCAAGAGAUGCCCAAGAACCUGGAGCUCCCUGCACUUCGCUUCCUGGACCUCAGCGACAACCAGAUGGAGGACGUCACCACUCUGGAAUCUCUAAGCAGCCUGGAGGAGCUCAAGAUGGAGGACAAUCUUUAUAUCACUGUGAGUGAUAAUCACAAGCUGAUGGUGUUGUUGUCCAAGCUGAGGAUUUACAAUGGUAAAGAUGUCAGUACCACCGCCAACCACCUGCGCUACGUCUACACAGAGAACCUGAGGACCAGGAUAAUUGCAGUUUGGGAGAAGAACUUCUGUCUGCCAGAUCCCAUCACAGCGGAGAAAAUGUCCGCCUUGGAGGAAAGCUUUGUCAACACUGCCCGCCAACAGGUUAAAUUUGGACCCAGUUCAGUCAGUGACUUCACCAAGUGGAGGGUGGAGAUUAUUGCUAAAGAGUAUCUGCGCUCUCUCACGGAUCCAAAAGAGGAAUCGGAGAGCACGGUGUCCACUGACACUAAAGAGAACUGUGAUGUCUCAACGCCCUCUAAGAGGAAACAAACUGCAUCAGUAAUGGACACCAGCAUAAGGCUGACGCCUCACAAGAAACUGCGCUCAGAUCUCCCAGCCUCCCCAGUUGCAGAAAGUCCUCGCAAAUCCAGCCGCCAACUUCAGACGCUAACUGAGACCAACACAGUCAGGAUGAGUCCCCGCAAGAAAAGUCAGCCUCCUUCUACCCCCACCAGAGGACAGAUGAAGGCAGAGACGCCCAGGAGAGGCUCUAAAGGGCAGCAAACUAAAGAUGAAGAUGGAGCUCGGAUAAAACAGAAGAACAGAGCAGAGCUGAAGAGAGACGCUGACAUGCUGUCCUCACUGAAGAGCUGCAGCAAUACACAGCCGGUGUGUCUGAAGCCUCUCCACGUCCUGCAGUGCCACAGUAAACAGGAUAGCUCAGAGGACUUCUCCACUCAGUUGUGGGCCUGUGCUUUCCAGCCGAUGCCAGACUCCACUGGCACUGGUGGAGGAAGCCGUCUGGUUGCUACCUGCGGUGGAGACUCUCUCUGUGUCAUCGACUGUGAAACUGGGAUGGUGAUGAAAAAGUACAAAGUUCCUGACGAGGAGUUCUUCUCUCUGGCCUGGUCCACGGUGUUGAUGUCCAGAGGAGGCGGGGCCUCGGCUCAACACUGCAGCAUCCUGGCAGCUGGAGGGAAGAGAGGACUGGUCAAACUGAUCCACCCCAGAAACAACGUGGCCUAUGGGGAGUUCAGAGCCAGCCGCAAGGCGCUGUCCGUCCUGCGCUUCAACCACCACCAGGGAAACUUCCUAUUCACGGGAUCAUACGACAACAAGAUAGUGAUGUGGGACAUCGGCGGAGUGGACAGUCAGUACAACUUUAAAGUUGUUCAGCUGCUGGUGUUGGAGCUCAGCGCCACUCCUCUGCACAUCUGCCUCCCACCCACUUCCCCCAGCGCACACCUGCUGACUGCCUGUGAGGACGGCCUGUACUGUUUCAACACACAACUCGGCACCAACAACAGCGCAAAGCGGUCUGAUGAGAUGGAGAUAACGUUCCCCAUAUAUAAGAAGGAAGACAAAGACAACGACUACCACACCAUUGAUGGCCUGAGUUUUCUUACUGAUGACAUCGUGGCCUCCAAGAACUACAUGCACGGCUCCAUCUACUUGUGGAGUUGGAGCAAGACCAAGGCUCAGCGGCCUGACAGGAAGGACAGGACGGUGUGUGCUGUGGUUCUGGCUGAGCUGCAGUGGGCCAACACUGAGAUCCCCUACCUGGCUCUCAACACCUGUCCUGGUCGAGCCUACAUCGUGUGUGGUGAUGACAAAGGCAGACUGUGGACAUAUCACGUCACCGACCUGCAGAAGAACAGUCUCCAGACGGGGACACCCAUACCGCCCACUGAGGUGUUGGAGUGGCCGACCCCGGUGAGGAAGGGCCUCGGCCAGGUGGAGGGCCCCUCCAUCAACAGUGUAGUGAUGGACCCUGAGCUCCGGUUCCUGGUGGCUCUCAGUGACAAGAACAUGGUGACAGUGUGGAAGAGGGAGGAGUCGUCCUGAGGAGCACGGGAGGAGUGACAGAAACUCUUUUUGGAAACUUUUUUGGACUGGGAAAAAGCUGAGGACAGUUUACCAAAUUUUGGUAUUUGUGAGGUAAGGGUUGUUUAUCAUAACCCCAACAUGUCACUGUGUCUCAGCUGGUAGAGACAGACUGCAGUGAUCCUGUCUGGGAAUGUGACUUUUAUGUUGAUGUCACAGUGAGAUCUCUUGGAGAAAGUUACAACCAGACUGAAGGAAUACAACUUUUUUUUUUCAAAUGUGAAACUUUAUAAAAUUUGAAGAAUUUUAUACUAAUAUACAUAAAAGAAGCUGCUGUCGAGAGUAGUAGUCACGCUUAAGCGGGAUUUAUACUUGUGCGGCAGACCCUAAGCUGUAGCCUAUGCACGUGGUCUACACCGUUGUGAGUUUUUAUACUUGUGCACAGACGAGGUUUCUGUGAAAUGCUGUAAAGUUAACUUGAUUUAAAUCACACAUUAAACACACAUUAAACAUGGCUUAAUAGA